CUGCCUGCCAGCUUUGUGAGCCCGCACCUGGCAUCAGUACCUGCGGAGACACAUGGAUCGGAAAAACCCUUCCCAGAGGUGGGUUACCACCCCAGCUUCCAGCUCCGGUUGUGGAUUGCUGGGGUACAGCAGUGGCCGAUGCCUUGGUAUAAACUGGGGCUUUUCUUCUCCUUUUGGAAAGUCCCACAUUGUAAAGCCCAAGGACAAAGCACACAGAGUGGGAGGCAGGUUACUAAAAAUAGCUUUUUUUUUUUUUUUCUAUUUUCAUUUUUUCUUUUUGGCGCAAUUUCCUGGCUGUAUUGUUGAAAUAACAUUGGAGUGUGAUGUAGCAAUAGGGCAGAUGGGAGCAGCUGAGAGUCAGAGAUCCAGCAGCACACGUUUGUGUGGAAGAAAGGGAAAGGGCUGGCAUGAAGGAGAAUUGGUGAAUUACCUAGCAAAAAAAAAAAAAAAAAGCACUCAGCCUUUCCCUGUCCCCACAGCUGAGCAUGAGCAUUGUUUCCCUGAGAGUCCUCUGGCACAUGAAGGAUGCCAACAGUGUGGAAAAAAAGUAAAUAAAUUCUGCAACCACACAAUCAUGGCAUUUUCACUUCCUAAAGUGGGAGACAGAAAUUCCCCCGGGUCAUAUGAUCUGUGUUGAAAUGGCACCAGGAAGAGCAGCAGCAGCAGUCAGCGAGUGCAGGGCGUCUCCAUCGGUACAAAAGCCUCUCCUGCCUGAGCUGGAGGUCAGAGCAGCAUAGGGAUGUGUGUGCAUGUGCAUAUGUAGAGAGGCGAGGUGCAAAUAUCCUCCCAGCCGGAUUUUCUCUUGCACAACCCUGAUUCUGUGCAGCCCAGCAGACCUUUUAUUUUCCCUUCGCCUCUCCACUUCAAGCAUGCCUCCAGAGCAGAACUUCUGAAAACACCAUUCCCUGCAGUGCCUCGCUGGAAAAACAGCUCUUCUCCUUCCCUGACAAGAGGCAACCAUCGGCACCAUGGUGGGGAUGACGAUGAUGAGAACAUGGGUUGAGCCGGUGGUUGCAGGCUCCCAACUGGCCAGUGCCUUCUAUGACACGGCGCUGCUGCUGGUGGUGAAGAACUACUACAACCAGACCAACUCAACUGCUCCCUCUCACUUAAUGCAAGAUGCUCAGCAGAAGGCUGUCUCUAAUUUUUAUAUCAUCUACAACCUCGUCCUGGGCCUGAGCCCGCUGGUGUCAGCCUACGGCUUGUCCAAGCUGGGGGACAAGGUUCAUCGGAAGAUCCCUAUCUGCUUACCUCUUCUUGGCUACCUGGGCUCCAAAUCUCUCCUGCUCCUCCUGAUCCUGCUGGACUGGCCAAUCGAGGUGAUGUACGGGGCUGCUGCUUUCAAUGGGCUAACGGGUGGCUUCACCACGUUCUGGGCAGGCAUCAUGGCUCUGGGAUCCCUGGGCUCCUCUGAGAGCAGGAGGUCUCUACGGCUGAUCAUUAUUGAGCUGGUGUACGGCCUCGCUGGCUUUCUGGGAAGCAUGGCAUCUGGCUACCUCUUUGUCGGCUUCAGCGACCGCUAUCGAGAGGGCACUGUGCUGGUGAGCUGCAGCAUCGCUUGCUAUGCUUUCUGUCUCCUCUACAGCAUUUUUGUCCUGAUAGUCCCCAAGUCAGCACCCUCCUGCACAGCCAAAGCCAAGGGUGUAGAGGAGGUUGGUGGCCAGGUACCAGCUUGCACAGGAGCAGCAGAGAGUGCUCAGCCUUCGGAGAACAGCAGCAAAGCCCCAGUAACACCUUCAAAAUUCAUCAUCAUCCUCCUCUUUGCGGCAGCAAUCCUCUAUGACCUUGCCGUGGUGGGUGCCAUGAAUGUACUUCCACUCUUUUUGCUCAGGGAGCCUCUGAGCUGGAAUGCUGUGCAGAUUGGCUACGGCAAUGCCGCUGGGUAUGCCAUCUUCAUCACCAGCUUCCUGGGGGUAUUCGUGUUCUCCAAGUACCUUAGGGACAUUACCAUGAUCAUAAUUGGAGUGGUGUCCUUCACUGUUGGUGUCCUCAUCAUGGUCUUUGUGCGGUGGACAUUUCUGUUCUACAUUGCACGGGCAGUGAUGCUCUUUGCCCUCAUCCCCUUGCCAACCAUCAGGUCCAUGCUAUCCAAGCAUGUUGAAGGAUCAUCCUAUGGUAAGGUGUUUGUCCUGCUGCAGUUGUCCUUAGUCAUCACAGGAGUAGUAACAUCUACAGUCUUCAACAAAAUCUAUCAAAGCACACUGAACUGGUACAGCAGCUUCUGUUUCAUUUUGUCUUUUCUAGCUGGCUGCCUCAGCCUCCUCCCUUUAAGCAUUGUGGCCAUCAAACAACGUUCAACCACUGGCUCCUUUCAGAUUCUCACCAAAUGACAGAAGCUUUACCACCGAAAGCAUCUUUUGGUCUUGAUCAGUUCCCUGAGCAAUGCGUGUGGAAGGCUUCCAAGCAUUUGUCCCUACCACUGCCUUCAUUACAGGAACCAUCUCAUCCAUGUCUUCACCUCACAGCAUGCCACAGUCCCUCAGCCAUUGAGCUUACCCAGGACAAAGAAGUUUGCCCUGUUAUUUUUGCAGUAGGUUAUUUUGCAGACAAUAUGCACCGGCUGUUGAACACCAGCAGUCUCCACAGCACCCUGCUUCCACUCCAGGCUACUUGGCAGUAGCGGAGACAGACAAGAACAAGGUAGAAGUGACAAGGGUGUUUCCAGGCACAUCAUCCAAUUUAGAAGGGGAAAGCAAAGCAUCAGCUGUAGUUCUUCUCGUCUCUUUGGUCUGAAACCUGAGGACAGUGCUGUGACUGUGGCUUUUGAGGCAGGUGUCCACAAGCAGCCUGCAGUGUGUGCACGGUGGUCAGCAGGAUGUGCCUACUUUCUGACACAAAGUAUGGACAAGUGUGAAGAGUGUCAGCCCAGCUGACUGAUCUUAUGGAGAAGACUACUGAAAUACAGAAAAAACAUGGUAAAAAGAUGUAAGAUUAAGGUACAUUUUUGUAAUCCCUACAAUAAAAACACUCCUCAGUAGAUGUUCACACCCCUAAAGCUUAUAUUGGCAAUGGAACAAGCCUUUAAGGGAAGGAUAUUUCUUCAAAUAAGAUAAUAAGCUUCACAGAAAAUAAGUGUACGCAUAAUUUCAGUGGCAAAGGCAGAAAAAAAGAAGAAAAAAAGAAACACUAAAUUCUAGGUAAAUGAGUAAUUUUUUAAUACAUUUAUUGGUCCAUUCCAUUAAAUUAAUUGAGGUAAACAAAUGGUGCAUUUUAAAAAAAUGUACACACGAAUAGAGAAUUACAAACAGUUUUACCUCGAAGUGUUUUUCUCCAUCAAUACUAGUUCCAUAGUAAACAAUGCACAAAGUAUAUCUAUACAGAGAUAUAUGAAAGGGUAUAGAAACAUGCCAGCACCGUAAGUCAAGACAACAUUCCGUAACCUGUGAGUCUGAACAAGAGCACAGCUGUCAGAGUUGGUUGAGUGCAUGAAACAAGAGCCUUGCUCCAAGUUUUACACUGUUUAAUGACCUAACUCACACAGAGACACGUCUUUUCACAGCUUUCAGUUUGUUUUUUGGUGGUACAAGGGUGACCUUAGGAUGCAAAGUAACAUGUUCCAGUGCACGGGCUUGCACAAGUCAGAAGUAGCACAGUUGGGGCAACAAGUCAGCACCAGUUCAGUCAUCAGCACUGACUCCUUGAACAAGGAGAGAGGUGGGAACCAGGUCAAAGCCAGACUGCUUUCACCUGCAUUGCCGGUCUCCAAACCUUGAGGAGUGACAGAUCAACACAUCACACAGGAAAGGAGAACAAGGACAGUGCUCCUUUAUUCUCAUGUGCUAAAGACUAAAACCUUUGGCUGUUCUCUGUUGUAAGACUGUCCUCUGCAAUCUGUGCCCCUGUGUGGUGGGAGAGUGGCACUGGCCCAAGCUCUGCUGUCUGAUCCAAAGAGGUGGACAUAUAAUCCAGCAGCAGAGUUCAGGAAAGGAUUUAGCUUCAAAGUGUAGAGUACCGAGGACUUCAAAGUAAUCCAGGACAGUGAGUAACCUUUAAAGUUUUAGCAUACCACUUGCAUAAGGGCAAUGUAUUUAUGCAUUUUCAGAAAGUGCAUUACCUUCUGGACAAGUACUGUGCCUCAGCCACACAACCUUAAAACUAGCCCAGUUCAUUACUGAGUACUGGCACAAAUCAGAGACCCCAGCAAGGCUCUGAAGUGCUGUGUGGAAUUAAGCAUCACCACUUCCUUCUUUAUAAUUGGUUAAGCAGCACCCCCAGAAACUUUAAAAUGCAACCUUCACAGUCCCAGAAGGCAAGUUCAUUACUAUUAUCCCCAGUUUUCCUUCACCGAAAUAAAUUUGGUAGCAAGUCUUCUAUCUCAGAAAGUGACCCCAUUUUCCCUACUUACUGGUUAUUUUGUAGUAAAAGGCUAACAUACUAAGGAAAAGACUGUUCUACCAUCGGAGUUUAAGAAGACUGAACAUCUAAUGAGCUACUUUAGUCUACUCCUGUCUACACCAUUUGCUUAGUGGUUAUCAGCACCAGUGUCUUAGAUUUCAAACAGUCUGCAACCUCGUGCACAGUUACUUAGGUUUUAACAAAAUCAUGCCUCCUGUUACAACAGGAGCAGUUCCUGCUGUGCUCUGAGGGAAUUCUGUAAUUGGCAGCUGCAGGAUGCGACCUGAAGCAACAUGCACCACGAAGAGGCUGUGCAGAUCCACCACCACAAGGCUACCCCACAGCACAUCUGCAGGAGCAUCUCUGCCACUCUGUGGAAGUUUCUUUUUGGCUUAGCCCACUGUGCUACCCUUAGCAUUUUGUCAGUGCAACAAAAAUCCAAGCAGACAACUUUGAAGAAUCCAUAGUUUAUUCUUUGUUAAAGCUCACGUCUGAAGAGUUAGUAUCUUUAGGGCUAACACUCAUCACUGUUUCAUUUUUCAACAGAUACCUGAAAAAGCCGUGAUGUUUCAACAUUUGUUUAUUGCAAGAGUCAAAACCUGAUAAAAACACGUAUGAACAAUGCACAGCUCCUUACUGAGUACAAAAACAAGAUCUCAGUGCUUGCUUUGUUGUGCUGGUGCCAGUUGAGAGAAGAAACAAACACACUAAAAGUUAUGCAGGAGUAACCAGGACAGCGGUGAAUUACGCAUCCUCUGCGAGGAUCUUGGUUUGGCUGUGGGAAGCCAAGCUAAUUUAAGAGCUGUUGAAGGACCCUCAUCUUAAGUAGGUUCAUUGAAAGGGUGCAACUACUUUUAUCAUGAUUUCAGUGCAUGCACAGAAGGUGACCAUAAGUGACUGAACUCUCAAGACAGUACCCAAAAGAUAAAGCUCCUGCCCUACUCCUGCUUCCCUUCCCCAACAUCUUUUGCUUUUCACACUAUAAAGGUUUGCGUACUUCAGAGAGAGACACCCACCACAUAAGGACUACACAAUAACAUGUCAGAGUUUCACCAACACCUCAGAUCUUAACCUCACACAAACACCAAUUAAGUGCACUCUUUACACCUUUAAAGAGUUUCCUGCUAUUUUGCAGUUCUCCCUUUCUGCACGGCUGCCGCAAACCCCAGUCUCUCCCACAGUUACCCAGUAUUUACAGCAACAAUUCUUUUUUUAAUAGAGACUCCUCAGUGACCCAUAGGAGCUAAAAGACCCACCCCUAUACACUCGUCUUACACUACAGCAAUUCUUGCAGAGGACUUCUCUUUUGAACAUAAGUUUUACUUCCUCCAUAGAUGUCUGAGAAGUUUAACUUUCCCAGAUAAUAUAAGAAAUCCUGUUUGUGACCACAGCCUGAGGUGUAUGUUCCAGCCUUUCCUCCAAAUUAGCUUGCAGGUGCUACAGAGCUACAUAUUGCAACCAGGAAGUGUAAAUCAUGCUUGCCUUUCAACAGCUCAAUCAGAAAGGGAUUUAUCUGAAAUCAACACAUACUUUGGUCUCAUAGUAGUUUAGAGACCACGAUGCACUAUCAGUGGCAUCAUGUUAAAGAAAAUCUAAGCUGAUCUUGAACCACUCCAGCAGUAACUCAUGUAAACUUCACUUGGAACUCCCCACUGCCCCUUGCACUUCUUGUGAACAGCUGUGAUGUCCACUCCUACAUUCCCCAGAACCAAGCCACAUUUCAGUUUGACACAACACUAAGUGGGAACGGGAUGUCAGUGUUGUAAGAUAUCAGACGAAACCUAUGCACCUGCAGGAAAACAACACUCUCUCCACUCAUCUUGCACAUUUUUGAUGAGGUGGAAGAAAGAACGUCUAAAUACAAGUUCAAAUUAUGCAUUGCUUGACUCCCAGUCAUGUUGCAGAGUCAACUGAAAAGCUUCAGUUACCACACAGGCACCAGCUCAAAAAAGCAUGAUGAUCUGUAUGUGGGAAAUAGGGAAGACAGGAAUUGACUGUAACCCUGAAGGUCAAACUGUAAAGUGUUAUGCAUUUAGAAGUGCUUAUUUUAGAAGGGAGAGAUUGAGGAAGACACUAGUUUACGGCUUCAAGAUGAUCUCUUUAAGCAUUCCCCUUGCACAGUAGGAGUAGUUAGUUGUUCCAAACCUAACAGCAACUUAGAGUUCUUUACACCACAGAAGUGUACAUCAAUGAGCUGUGAACUUAAAUCAAAAAGCACAGUGUGGUUAACUAUCAGAGAACUGUCAAUGGAAGUUGAGUCAAAAAGGAAAAACCCCUUAAAUGUCUUAAACCUGGCUUUUGCACCUGGAGGGUAUUACCUCAUUAGCCCGACAGCAACCACAUUGCACCAACAACUCACCGUGACAGCUGCUGCAGAGCCACCGUGCUGAGCAGGGGAGUUUCAGGCAGACUUGGUGUUUAUGAAGGGACAAAGUGCAAUCCAGAUUAGUGUACCUGACAAGUAGCCACAGGAGAACACAGAAGUUGCAUAUACCCGGUCACCUUUCAGAUUCUUCACAAGAACGUUGCCAGAGACCAAGCAAUCACUCAAGUUUAGCAGUAAGAACUCCAUGUUAUUUAUUCCCCCAAAUCCCAACACUACCCUGGUAUUAGCUUCCUCACUUUGGAUGGAUAAAAGGAGUUUUAUCUGCAUGCUGUUAAACCAUGACUCUGAAACCCAUCAGGAAAGCAUUCCUCUACUAAGGCCAUUAACACUAAGCAGGCAUUUAUUUGAGGCUGGACUGCAAGAGAAAAGAGAAGGGACUUGCAGAAGCAGUUACAUUUCUAAGGGCCAAUAAAAACUACUAGGAAAAUAGAUCUGUACCAAAAGAAGUCUUAAAAGACUUGCCAUGUGGUUCAGUAGAGAUAGUUCUGGACACUAUGUGUACCUGAUAGGAUACCUAUCUACCCCCACGGACCUGUUUAAGGCAAGUUUCACACACACAAUGAUGCUUGCUGCAGGCAAGCAUUUGACACUUUUUGGCUUUUGAUUGCUACUGAAGAAAAAUGAAAAAAAAAAAAAAAAAAAAAA